AUGAAGACAAUUGAAACACAAGUGGAUCAAUUGGCCAAUACCAUGAAGAACCAAAUGUCUAGAUCUUUUUCUAGUGAUACGGAGAAGAAUCCAAAAGAGUGCAAUACAAUUACUUUGAGGAGUGGAAAAGAAUUGGACGCUCCUACAGUUGAGAAGAAAAAGGUUGAUGAGAUCCCAAUGAAUGAUGAGAAAAAGAAGACAAAGAACCCACCCAAGAUUAUUACUCCAUUACCAUUUCCUGAAAGAUUUGACAAGAAGGCGAUUGAUGAGAAAUUUGCAAAGUUCUUGAAUAUUUUCAAGAAAAUACAUAUUAACAUUCCUUUUGUAGAUGCCCUUGAAAAAAUGCCAAACUACGCUAAGUUUAUGAAGGAGGUAAUGUCUAAAAAGAGUAAGUUAGAGGAUUAUGAAAUAAUGAAGCUAACAGAAGAGUGUAGUGCCAUUAUCAAGAGACAAUUAUCGGAAAAGUUGAAAGAUUCGGGAAGUUUUACAAUUCCAUGUGUUAUUGGUGAGCUACAUAUUGAGAAGGCCUUGUGUGACAAUUAA